AUGAAACCUGAUAAACUAGGACACCAAUCCUCUCGAAAACUACACUCCAUCCUUCACUCUCAUAAGGACAAGCACCCAUCCAACAAACAACCAGGCGUCUACAAGAUCCCCUGCGACUGCGGUAAAGUCUACAUUGGGGAAACCGGCCGAGACUUCGACACCAGACUCAAGGAACACAAGACCCACCACCGACGCAGCGACUGGGACCGAUCCGCCAUCGUCAAGCACGCACAACAAGAGAAUCACCGCAUAGAAUGGGAAAGGAGCCACCUAAUCACCAACAUCCGGCACUGGAAUACCAGAAGGGUCAGGGAAGCCAUUGAGAUACAUCAACACAACACUGUGCCUCAAGACCCUGGCCUCCACAUCAACAGCAUCUGGCACCCAAUCCUACGUCACCAUCAAACUUCUAACCGAUCCACAAACAACCAGCCGUCCACCGUCACUCCACCGAGCCCUCCUACCCAACACAGCAGUCUGAUUGCAUCACCAACUCAACCAGGGACUCCGCCGACACACUAA